AUGGACGCUGGUAUCAUCAGGAACUUUAAAGCCCUUUACAAGAAGUCGCUAGUUAAACACUACAUCACAUGUGCUGAGAAUGGACAACCCCAGACGCUAACACUAAGAUUAGCAAUCCGGUUCGUUAAGUCUGCCUGGGAUGAAGUGAGUGACAAGUGUAUCACCAAUGGCUACAAACACGUUGACAUAAUUCCGGACGAAGACGACGAGGACAUCCCCCUUGCUGAGCUGCGGAAUUUGAUGCAGCAGUUUCCACGAAGUGAUGUCGACGAAGUCCCAACUGCUGAGCAACAGUUUAGUAAACUAUUCACUGUCACAGUGGCUGUGACCCGCCUGCCCCCCGGGCUUCGGACAGUGGUGAUGGGAGAUGGGACAAGAUGCCUGAUAGAUAGCAACACUAUCUGGAUGCCAGCCGGUAAUGCUGUUGGCCUCUCCCUGGGUGCUGCCUACCGACAACCAAUACUUAUUCAUUCUGGAGCUCAGCCUGGUAGCCACCAACCACCUACAGUCACGCCUCCACCUUGCAGUGAACAUGAGGAGACAACGUCUGUCUGCAAGCCAAGCUUAGCACAAGACCUGCAGCUGAUGAGACCAGAGGAAAAAGAGGAAACCCACUGCUGAGCCCUGCAAAGAGUCCCAACCCUCACGCAAGAGGAAGUGUCCAGAUGACAGCAGUGAGGUACCCCAAGCUGCAAAGCAGACAAGACUGGAGGAGCCCCAGGACGCUCUGGAGCCACACCAGGACUCUCUGGAGGACCUGGAAGCUCUCUUGGCUGAGUACAGCUCCAGUCUGUCAUCUGGCACCAGGGACUUCUUCUAAAUACUGUAAGGUGGAGGGGACAGGUAGGUAUAUAUUGGUUUAUAGUGGGUAUGCUGAUGUUUAUACAUCAUCAUCAGCGUAAGUUUGAUGACUGGAUAGGAAUGGCUGUGAAUGGCGGU